AUAGCCGUUCCCUCCCAUGCCUGUGACACGUGACUCGUGACUCAACAGGAAGCCUGUUUAAACCGCAUUCCAUCUCCUAGCUCAGGCUCUAUAAAUACUGGAGACAACUGACUGGGAACGGCAAAGAGGCUUUGAGUGACAUUACAAAGUUCUUUUCCAAGCAGAAGGAGAUCCAAGCAGAAGAAGGAGAACCAUGAGUGACAAACCAGUCAAAGAUGCCGGAAAGGCCGGUGAACAUGGAUGUGGGGGAAAGGGAAAAGGACACGGACACGGUGAAGGCCAUUGCCAUGGGGAGCACAAGCAUGAUGACCACAAGCAUGGGGAGCACAAGCAUGGAGAGCACAAGGAAGGAGAAGGCAAGUGCCAUGGUAAAGGAGGAGAGCAUGCUGGCAAAGAGUGUGGCAAAGGCAAAAAGUGAGUGAUCUGAGCGUCCAACUGGAAGAAAACCAACAAAAGACCCCCAAAGUGUAUAUCAAUAUUAUCUACAAUACACAAGCAGUACUUUUGUAUA